GGGGAUGCUCGUCAGCAUAGGGAGACCUUGCAUCGGUUGCUGAGGCCGUGGGGCACACAUUUCCCUGAUCGGAGGCUGGUGCAGUAUGAUUGUGGCAAGCUGCAGACCCUGGACGUGCUGCUGCGGCGCCUCAAGGCGGGCGCCCACCGGGUGCUCAUCUUCACGCAGAUGACGAGGAUGCUCGACGUCCUCGAGCGCUUCCUCACCUACCACGGCCACAUCUACCUGCGCCUGGACGGCAGCACCCGCGUCGAGCAGCGCCAGGCCCUGAUGGAACGCUUCAACGCGGACCGGCGCAUCUUCUGCUUCAUCCUUUCGACGCGGAGCGGAGGCGUGGGGGUGAACCUGGCCGGGGCGGACACCGUGGUCUUCUACGACAGCGAUUGGAACCCGACCAUGGACGCGCAGGCGCAGGAUCGGUGCCAUCGCAUCGGCCAGACCAGGGACGUGCAUAUCUAUAGGCUCAUCAGCGAGCGCACGGUGGAGGAGAACAUCCUGAAGAAGGCCAAUCAGAAACGGAUGUUGGGGGACAUGGCCAUCGAGGGGGGCAACUUCACCACGGCCUACUUCAAACAGCAAACCAUCCGGGAGCUCUUUGACAUGGCCCCAGAGGAGCCGGGCCGGGACAAGGAGCGCGAUGGGGAUGGGGGUCCCGAGGAGGACGAGGACCCGGCGGCCACGCGCCGGACCCACAUCCUGGAGCAGGCCCUGUGUGGGGCAGAGGACCCCGAGGACAUCCGGGCGGCGUCGCAGGCCCGGGCCGAGCGCGUGGCGGCCAUGGCCGAGUUCAGCGAGAGCCUGAGCCCGGAGGAGGAGCUCUCCAAGGCCGAGCAGGAGAUCGCGGCCCUCGUGGGGCAGCUGACCCCCAUCGAGCGCUACGCCAUGAACUUCCUGGAGGCCUCCCUGGAGGACGUGAGCCGCGAGGAGCUCAAGCAGGCCGAGGAACAAGUGGAGGCGGCCCGGAAGGACAUCGACCAGGCCAAGGGCGUUGGGGGCCGCUUCCGGUUGCCCCCCCAAGACGAAGAGGAAGAGGAGGAAGAGGAGGGGCCAAAGGCGGAAGUGGGCGGAGCCAGCAGCGGGGGCGUGGCCGACGACGGAGGGGGCCGCCGCCGGGGGCGGCCCCCUAAGCGGAGGGGCGUGGCCUCCCGGCGACGACGUCACCCUGGCCCCGCCCACCCCGCCGACCCCAACCCGACCAAUCAGCGCCGCCCACGACGUCACCGCCGUCGCCGCGGCCGCCCUUCCCGAACCACUUCCGGUCCCGUCACUUCCGGUCCCUCCCCAUCGCCCUUCCCCCCCCAAAAGCGCCGUCGCGGCCGCCCCCCCAAGCGGUCCCCGCCUUCCCCCAGCCCCUCCCCCCCUCCCCCUCCUCCAAGCCCCUCCCCCACCACCACCCCCACCGCCCCUCCCCCACCGCGCAGCACCCGCCGCCACCCCUCGGCCCCGCUCUUGGCCCCCCUCGAGAGGGAACCCGGGAGGCGGCACCGGAAGCGGGGGGAGGGGGAGGGGGGAAGCGGUGGUGUUGCCCCUCCCCCACCACCCUCUCAGCCCCCACCCCCACCCAAGCGGCGCCGCGCGGAGCCCCCCCGCAGGACCCAACCCCCGCGGCGCUGCGCGGAUGGGGGAGGGGCGGGGGGGAGGGGCCGCAAGGUCAAGACGUGA